ACAACCGGCACUGGAAGGUGUCAAAGUCCAAAGAUUCGAGGGACAGGACAAGUUAAACACCUAUAAACACAGUAACUUCCAGAAUGGCUGCAAAUUCAGGGUUGUUGGCUGGAAAGACUCUCUUCAUUACGGGAGCAAGCAGAGGUAUAGGGAAGGCUAUUGCUCUGAAGGCAGCACAAGAUGGUGCCAACAUUGUUAUAGUAGCAAAGACCACCAAACCUCACCCCAAACUUCCAGGAACCAUUUACACAGCUGCAAAAGAAGUGGAAGAUGCUGGAGGAAAGUGCCUUCCAUGUGCCGUGGACAUCAGAAAUGAAAAUGACAUUCAGUCAGCCAUGAAGGAGGCUGCAGACAAGUUUGGGGGAAUUGAUAUCCUGGUCAACAACGCCAGUGCCAUUAGUCUGACAGGAACUGCUGCUACCGACCCCAAGAGAUACGAUCUCAUGAAUGGCAUCAAUGCAAGAGGAACCUAUAUGUGUUCUAAGUUUGCCCUGCCUUACCUACAGAAGUCUAGCAAUCCACAUAUCCUUAACAUUAGUCCACCACUCAACUUGAACCCACGGUGGUUCAAGGACCAUGUAGCUUACACAAUGGCCAAAUAUGGUAUGUCCAUGUGUGUUUUGGGAAUGGCCGAAGAAUUUAAACCACUUUCUAUAGCAGUUAAUGCUCUCUGGCCUCGUACAGCUAUUUAUACUGCUGCCAUGGAAAUGUUGGGGGGAGGAUCUGGUGUGGCAGAUCAAUGUAGAAAACCGGAGAUCAUGAGUGAUGCAGCUUACGUCAUCUUAACCAAGAAAAGCUCAGAAUACACAGGACACUUUGCCAUUGAUGAUGAGGUGCUGAUAAAUGCAGGAGUUACUGACCUUGAUCAUUACUCAUGUGUUCCAGGCAGCACAUUACUUCCCGAUUUCUUCCUUGAUGGUGAAGACCCUAAUGAAAUUCAAAAGCAGUUGGAAGAAAAAGGUGGCAAGGCAGCAUUUGUUGGUGGAUCCCCAUCUUCAGGGAGUGGACCAGAACAAACAUUCAGUGCCAUCCAGCCUCUUCUUGGUGAAGACCUUGUGUCGUCAAUGAAUGGAGUCUUCCAAUUCAAUUUAACCGGUAACGAUCAAGGAGUAUGGUUCAUUGACCUUAAAACAGGAUCAGGUAACAUCGGUAAAGGAGAGGCACCAGGGGGCGCUAACUGCACAAUGACACUAGACAGCGAAGAUUUUGUCAAGAUGUUCAAAGGAGAAUUAAAGGCUGUGACUGCAUUUAUGUCAGGGAAAUUGAAAAUCCAAGGUGACAUGGGACUGGCCAUGAAACUAGAGAAACUGAUGAACAAGAUGGACAGAUCAAAAUUAUAGGGCAUUUUCAUAGCUUAAAGUGUCAGAUGUAAAAUUCAUCUGUACUGUGUUGAAAUUAUGACGUUAUUCAUUCAUCUUCCUUCAAUAAUAAUCAUUUAAAGACUGUAAUAAAAGAUAAGAUUUUUCUGUUUGAAAGGAACUUUAAGAAUAUGACCAUGAAUGUCAAUAAACAUAUUUGUCUUCAA